UCACCUUUGUUUUGGCGCUACCCAUUGAGAUUACAGAGACCGUUUAAACUCUCUCUCUCUCUCUCUCAUGUUCACAGGGUUUUCUUCUCUUCUUCAUGCCUUGAAAAGCCUUAGCCUGGUUGUGUUAAGUCCCUGAGAGUUCCUAAUUCUCAGGUUCAUUGAUGCACAGAGUUCUGCAAUUCCUGCAAAUCUCUUUGCCUUCAUUCUUUAUUUAGACCUUUUUUAAAGAGAUUGCUUGUUCUUGGGAUUGAAGGGCCCCUUUUCCCAAAUUUGGGCGAAAAUGGGGUCCAAUCCGGUGUCUAAUUACGAUUGGGUUAACGAUGUUGGAGGUUCUGACGCAGAAUUCAAUUGGGCUCUUGACGGUUUUAACGAUCUUCCCAAUGUCGGUGUGGAGAUUGCGGAUGGAUACGGAGAUUUUGGUGGGGGUGUCGAGAACAACAACUCCAGGAAAAGAAUGAGGGAUGAAUCAUGCACAGGAAUUAGGUCUAAAGCAUCUCGGGAGAAAAUGAGGAGAGACAGAUUGAAUGACAGGUUUUUGGAAUUGGGUACUGUUCUUGAUCCUGGCAGAUCUCCUAAGAGUGAUAAAGCUACUAUUUUAAGUGAUGCCUCUCGUGCUCUGGUACAGCUUAGGACCGAAGCACAGCAGCUGAAAGAGGCAAAUGAAAAGCUUCAGGAGACAAUUAAAGAUCUUAAGGUGGAGAAAAAUGAACUCAGGAAUGAAAAGAUAAAUCUGAAGGCAGAGAAGGAGAAAUUAGAGGAGAAGGUUAAAGCAAUGAGUCUACCACCAGUUGGAUUCAUGCCACACCCUAUGGCAUUUUCUGCAGCUGCAUUGGCUGCACAGAGUCAAGCUGCCUCAAACAAGACAGCAGCCCCCUUCCCUGGAUUUCCUGGUGCAGCCAUGUGGCAGUGGAUGCCUCCUGCUGUUGUGGACACCUCACAAGACCACAAAUUACGACCUCCUGUUGCCUGAUGAAUCAAUGGGUAUUAAAUUCCUCCCCCUCCCCACCCCCCCCCCCCCCCCCGCCUUAAUGGAACUUGGUGGCUCUUGUUGCUAUCAUGAUUUUUUCGCCCCGGAUAAAUAUUCUAAUGUCAUUGCUGAAGCUGUGAGACACUGGCACACUGCAAAAACAUUUUUAUGUGAGACAUUCUGUAGUUUCCGUGCUA